AUGGCGCGCCCGUUCGCGCGGUACCUGCUUCGCAUCCAGUACGACGGCGGCGCGUUCCACGGAUUCCAGCGUCAAGCGAACGCGAGGACGGUGCAGGGAUGCGUGGAGGAGGCGAUGGCGAAGUUCACCGGCGUCGAGGGCGGCGUCCACGCCAUCACCGGGAGCUCGCGAACGGACGCGGGAGUGCACGCGCUGGACGCGACCGCGCACGUCGACAUCGACGACGGCGACGCGGGGGACGCGCCGCCGCCGCCGCCGCACAGCGCGCGAACGGUCAUGAAAGCCGUGAAUCACUACCUCCGCAAGACGGCGCCGAUGGCGUCGAUCGCGUCGUGCGCGCGCGUCUGCCCGGAGACGUUCCACGCGCGGUACUGCGCCACGGCGAGAACGUACCGAUACCUAAUCUACCUCGGCCGAGACGAGCCGUCCGUGUUCGAUCGCGGGAAGGCGUGGCACGUGUACGACGGUCGUAACGCAUCAGGUGCGGGGGUUAACACGCACGAACCGUCCGGCGGAUGCGCGCUCGGCGGCCUGGACGUGGACGCGAUGAACGCGGCGGCGCGCCGAUUCGUCGGUGAGCACGACUUCUCCGCGUUUCGCGCCAACGGAUGCCAGGCGAGCUCGCCGAUUCGGAGGCUGCACGUCCUGCGCGUCGACCGCGCGAUGCCGUGGCCGUCGUUCCCGAGUAUCGCGUCGCAGGAUUCUAUGGUGAUGCACUCUUUCGACGUCGCGAAGCCUAUGGAAGAGGACGAUCUGUCCGAAGUUUUGGUUCCGGAGGCGGAGACCGAAGGAAAAAAAGAGAAGACGCCGCCGCCGCCGCGAAAGCCGCCGUCCGGUCGCGUCACGAGCGGGCACAUCGUCAUAACCGCCCGCGCGCCUUCGUUUUUAUACCACCAAGUUCGGCUCAUGGUCGGCACCCUGCGCGCGGUCGGCGCGGGCGAGCUAUCCCCGGACGACGUCACGGACUUGUUGGAGGGGACGACGGACGCGUCGAGAGCGCCGCCGAUGGCGCCGGCGCACGGAUUGUACCUCGAACGCGUGCACUACGACGGCAGAAGGCGGUGGAGAUCGCGCCGCGCGGGGCAGGGCGCCGAGGGCGACGUCGUCCCCGGGGGCGAGGAGGGGGAGGAGGAGGAGGACGAAUGGUUGGACGAGGAAGGAUCCGAGCGCUGA